AUGGUCAAAUCCGGGGUUAGUGUACUGAUACUUUCCACCCUAGUGAUCGCCACGAUAUUUGGAUUCGGUACCUGGAUCAACAGAGCAAAGCAGCCCUGGCACCAUAAUCUUCGCACACCUUUGCUGAAAGAUGAGGACUCAGACGAGCUCGGAGAAGAAGACGGAGCCCUGGAAGAUACCAUUCAACCAACAGAAAGCCAUCCACCAAAUGCCGCAACCCGCAUCCUCGCACGAUUCCCAUUUCUGCUCGAAAUAUGGUACUGGCUACUUACCUACUGGAUCUACCAAGGCGCCCGCGCCCUCUCCGCCCACUUCAUCGCAAACAACGAAGCCAUCUUCGACCAAGCCGAACACCACGCCCUCCGACUCCUCUCGAUCGAGAACCACAUCCCUCUAGACCUCGAACGUCGCCUGCAACAAUACAUCCUCAAAAAGACACCGGCACUAACCCCCCUCCUCGCCCAAAUCUACUAUUCUAACGCCACAAUCGUCAUCACCUACCUCGUCUACAGCUACACCGUCUUCCGUCGCAAAGACUACCAGCGCCUCCGACGCACGUUGGCCCUAACCAACAUAUUCGCCUUCAUAAUAUUCACUUUCUGGCACAGCAAGUCACCCCGUUUUCUUCCGGCGGAAUACGGCUUCAUCGAUGUCCUCCAUGAUGAUGAGGGCGGAUCAGCCUGGAUGCAGAAUAAGUUACAGUUGACCAUUGCUGCGAUGCCGUCGUUGCAUUUUGGGAAUGCGGUGCUCGUGUCUUUUGGGCUCGUGUGCUUUAGUCCGCAUUUGCUGGCUAGAGUUUUUGCGCUCUUUUGGCCGGUGACAAUGGGAGUGACGAUUUUUGCGACGGCGAGUCAUUUUGUGCUGGAUGCUGUUGUUGGGGUGGUCGUCGUUGCUUUUGCGUAUUGGGGGAAUUGGGUUAUGUUGGGUCUUUUGCCGGUUGAGAGGGUUGUGUUUGGGUUUUGCAGGUUGGAGAAGCCGGUUGAGGUCUUGGAUGAAUAA